UAUAAUUUUCAGAACCAUAAAUAGGAUUUUUUUAAUACUAUUUGUUCCACUACGUAAAAAGGACUACUCAAACUUUUCUGUUCCAGAUAAGAGCCAAUGCAUAUAUUUUGAAAAACCAAGAACGCCUAAAAGAAAAGAAGAGUUUGUCCAUGGGUAUUACCAGCUUUUUUUUCAUCCUGUUGGUGCAACUCUGCAAUGGCAAAUCCUUGCCCAAGUUCUCAGCCAUCCUCAUCUUUGGAGAUUCAACAGUUGAUACUGGCAACAAUAAUUACAUCUCUACGAUAUUUCAAGGUAAUCAUCGCCCUUAUGGCGAAAACUUCCCUGGCCGGAUUCCGACAGGAAGGUUUUCAGAUGGAAAACUCGUUCCUGACUUUUUAGCAUCCAUGUUAGGCCUUAAGGAAUAUGUUCCUCCUUUUCUACAACCAUAUCUAUCAAAACAUGAUCUUCUAACUGGCGUCAGCUUUGCAUCUGCUGGCUCUGGUUACGACGACCUAACCACAGCCGCAUCUAAAGCAAUCCCCAUGUCCCAGCAAAUAAAAUAUUUUGAGCACUACAUAGAGAAGCUCCAGGGGAUUGUAGGAGAAGAGAAAGCUCAAAAAAUUCUCAGUGGUGCUUUGGUUAUCAUCAGUGCAGGGACUAACGAUUUCAUCUUCAACUUCUAUGAUAUCCCAACAAGGAGGAAUCAAUUUAAUAUAACUGGAUAUCAAGAUUUUUUGCUGAUCCAGCUCCAGAACUUUGUAGAGGAUCUAUAUAAUCUUGGAUGUCGUAAGAUGCUUGUUGCCGGGCUUCCUCCUGUUGGCUGUCUUCCAAUACAAAUAACUGCAAAGUCCCCAUUUCUCAGAAAGUGCAUUGAAGAGGAGAAUUUUGAUGUUCAAUCCUAUAAUGCGAAACUCACAAGGUUGCUAAAACAAGUACAAGCAGCACUUUCAGGAAGCAAAGUAUUGUAUUCAGAUACAUAUCAUCCUUUCAUGCAGAUGAUCAAGCAUCCAAAAAAAUAUGGAUUUGUGAAAACUAGACAAGGGUGCUGUGGCAGUGGUACAUAUGAAGCAGGUCCAUUCUGUAACAAACAACGCCCUGUCUGCAAAAAUGCUUCUAAAUACUUGUUCUGGGACAGUAUACAUCCUGGUGAAUCAGCCUACCGGUAUCUUUCCAAUAUGGCAAUGAAGAAACUACUGCGUCACAAACUAUCACACAACAAAACUCAUUAAGUGACUUAUACAAACUUCAAGUUCCUUCAAGUAUUCUGGAACUGCAAAGUUACAAAUAUUGUAUCCAAGUAUGACCUAGUGCUGAAAUUGGCUACCGGGAUAUCUUAUUAAACUUCAAUAUGAAUGAAGUCAUUUAAAGUGCAUGUUUAAGGAAAAUGAUUAGCUUCGACAAAGGUUUGUUUCUUGUCUGGUAAGAUAUUGUCUUCUCGUCAGAGAAGGUUUAGUUCCGAU